AUGCCUGCACACGCUCUCUCUCUCUCUCCCCCCUCUCUCUCUCUCUCUCUCUCUCUCUCUCUCUCACCCACAAACAAACACCAAAAAAGCACAGAGAGAGAGAGAGGGAAAAUUUAUCAUGGUAUUAAAGGAAGAUAUUUGUUUGAUCUCGCGAAACACCAUGUUUCUCCAUCUCUUUUUUACUUUGUUUUUCUUACUCUCUUUUUCCUUUUAUAUUUUCGCGCUUAUAUUUUCUUUCUUUUAUAUUUUUCUUUCAGUCUUUCUUUCUUUUAUUUUUCUUUCUUUUUAUUUUUCCAUCUUUUGUAUUUUCUUGCACUUUCUAUCGUUUUUCCAAUAUUUGUUUACUAUUUCCUUUCUUUCUUUAUUUAUUCAUUUAUUAAUUCACUUCUUUUUCUUCCUUGUUUCUUUCUAUCUAUCUUUACUUCUUAUCCACCCCCCUUUCCUAUUUGUCCGAAUUCUUGCAUUCUUUGGUUCUUUCUUUCUAUUUCGUCUCUUUGCUUAUUUCUCUCCGUUUCUUUCUUUCAUUCAUUCUACCGCCUCCUUUUUUUCUUUCUUUCUUUCUUUAUGUCUUUCUUUUUCUUUCUUUCUUUUAUCUUCUAUCGCGUUUUCUUUCAUUAUUUCUUGAUGCAUUUAAUUUUUAUUUAUACUCUUUCUUUCCUUCUUUGUUUAUUUUCAACCUCUUCAUUUCUCAGUUUCUUUUUUCUUUCGUUAUUUCUUUCUUGCUUUCACACUAUUUCGUCUCUUUUCUUUUAUACCCCUCCUCUUUUUUCAUUCACUAUAUAG